AGGUAGUUGUGUGGUAAAAUGGCACCUGUGCGUCUGCGGCUUGGUGAUUUGGUGUGGGGGAAACUCGGUCCGUAUCCUCCUUGGCCGGCAAGGAUUAUUACCCCGCCCAAGUGUUUGCGGAGACCGCGUGGAAAGAAAUGCUGCUUUGUGAAGUUUUUCGGAAUGGAGGAUCAUGCCUGGAUGGAAACGAGACAGCUAAAGCCGUAUCAUGAGCAUAAGGAGGAAAUAGUAAAGACUAACAAGGGGAAACUGUUCCGGCGAGCUGUGAGAGAAGUGGAGGAGUUCAUCCGAACAGCCACCGAGGAAAACCAGACGCCGCCUCACAAUUCCGCUGAUGACGAGAAUCGGCGUAAUUCCAGUGGGGAAAGAAGUCGACCAGACUCAUGUGAUAAGUGCGAGCCUUGCCUGUCUGAAGGGAAGCUGAAGGAGACCAUGGGAGAAGAAAAGACGACAGUGUCUUCAGAAUCUUCAGAGAGAGGCCCCAAGGCCCCUCGGAGAAGGGCUCGAUCACACCGUUCCCGGAAGCGUAGGCAGCCCCCAAAGAACAUCCCUGUUCCUGAGUCUAGAACCAUGACGGAGACGAUAGCUAGACCAGUGGCCUCAUUUAAGGGGCAGUGGUCUGCGAGUGGUGAGCCUGUGAGCGGAGACCCCCACUUUGAUCACUUCCUGCUCAGUCAAAUCAGGAAUGCAGCUAUCUGUUACGAGCAAAUUACAAACAAGUUGAAAAGUGGAAAUGAGACUGGAUCCGUCUCUACCCAGGCAACAGACAGCAGGGUCAUGAAUGGUAGCAUCAUACCCACAGACAAAAAGAUAGGAUUUUUGGGCCUGAGCUGCAUGGGAAGGGGCAUGGUCUCCAACUUGCUAAAAACGGGUCACACAGUGACUGUCUGGAACCCGACUACAGAGAGAGAGGAGGCCUGCCUAGGAAGAACCCCUGCUGAAGUUGUUUCAUCUUGUGACAUCACCUUUGCUUAUGCACCUGAUCCAGAGGCGGCCAAGGAUCUGGUGCUGCGUCCUGAUGGUGUGCUGCAGGGGAUCCACCCCGGGAAGUGCUAUGUGGACCUGUCAACAGUGGACGCUGACACAGUCACAGAGCUGGCCCAGGUGAUUAUGUCCAGGGGGGGGCGCUUUCUGGAAGCCCCAGUCUUACGCAACCAGCAGUUGUCUAAUGAUGGGAUGUUGGUGAUCUUAGCAGCUGGAGACAAGGACUUAUAUGAGGACUGCAGCACCUGCUUCCAGGCAAUGGGGAAGGCCUUCUUUCUAGGUGAGGUUGGCAGUGCAGCCAAGAUGAUGCUGAUUGUGAACAUGGUCCAGGGGAGCUUCAUGGCCACCAUCGCUGAGGGGCUGACCUUGGCCCAAGAGACAGGUCAGUCCCCACAGGCAUUUUUGGACAUCUUCAAUCAAGGAAAAUUGGCCAGCAUCUUCUUAGACCAGAAGUGCCAAAAUAUUCUUCAAGGAAACUUUAAGCCUGAUUUCCACAUGAAAUACAUUGUUAAGGAUCUUCAUUCAGUCAUUGCACUGGGCAGUGCCGUCAACCAUCCGACUACGAUGGCAACUGCAGCCAGUGAGGUGUACAAAAGAGCCGAGGCACUGGGACAGUCUGACAACCUCAUGUCUGUCCUGCCCCAGGCCUACAUGCACUAAGCUCCUACUCCCCCAAUCUCCCCUAUGACCCCCCUCUUCCUCACACGGGGCUGGGGUCCUAGGACUUUACUUUGGACCUGUUUAUUUUUCUUUAUCUCCUUUUAUACAGACUUUGAGACUUCUCAUCUGUACAGCACACAGCAUUUACUCUUCCCCUAAAGGUCCUGGGAAGGGGAGGAAUGUCAGCAGGACUGGCCUAUGGCAAGGCACAGGUGGAUGUGUGUUCACACCCCCACCCCACCUGUACUUACUCCAGGAUACAAGCUGCCCAGAAACUGCUUCCUGGUGUUUUCACUCCUUCUUCCAAGCUUGUCUUAUCUCAGACUCCUUCUAGGAACUAGAAUCAACAGUGGAAACUGGAAGCCUCCCUACUGCUUCCCUCAGAGCAAAGAGGCUGUGGUUAUUUCCACAGUCCCCACUGGAUUCCUUGUACGGAGAGACUCUGGGCCAAGGGUGUCAAACUCAUUUUUAC